GGCAAAACUACACCUGAUACUUUUCAAUCUCCACCUGAAGGCUCAACUCAACAUUCAUCACCGCACACGAUGAUCUUUCGCCCCACCACUCUCUGCUGCUUCCUUUUGAUCGUUGCGCUGGCAACGAGUGCCAAGAUUCCGCAAAAGAAUAUGCAUCGUCAUCAGUCUAGCAUUGAGGAGAAUCGAGAGAAGAGCGCUCGUUCCGGUUAUUUAGAUUCUGUUCCGCAUAGCAAUGAAUUGUUUCUAGAUGAACAAGACUAUCUGGAUGACUUUUCAGAUGACUCUCUAGAUUGGAAAGAAGAAGAUCCAGAAAAAAAUUCCAAAAAUCUUUUCAAAUAUCUUCUAAAUAUACUUUCAUUUGAAGCAAAACUUGAAGAACUAAUGACGAACGACAAAAAAAUCCCAAGUCAAGAAGUUUCAAUCGUUAACAUGUCUGGCAGUGGAGAAGAUCCGGACGAUGACUAUUGGGAAGACGAAGAUCCAAUCGAAGAACUUGUUAUCGAUGAAAUGCAUCCGGUCGUGACCACCACGACGGAGCCACCGACCACCACUGAAGCGGUUAUUACCACUAUGAUCACGGCAAACGAAAAUCAGCUGUCGGGUUCCUGCAAAUCAUUGGCAAACGGCAAUUACCUCAAUCCGUUUGAUUGCAAGACUUUCAUCUACUGUUUCAAUGGAAUCGCGUACAUUUUGAACUGCCCGACUACUUUGGUUUCUGGCGUCCAAUGGAACUGGUGCGACAUCACCCGCGAAGCCCAAAAUUUGCCGUCCUGCAACUAAAGAAAUCCGGUUGUCGCGACACAAAGUAAACGAUAAGUUUAUACUAGUUAAUUUCUACUUACUAAUAAUCCUUAUGAAUAAAAAUUCAUUACCUAUGUAUCUUGCAUUGAAAACACCCGAACAAGUAUCUACACACAUUACCCUGAUUUACGAAAAUACAAGAUCUAUUGCAAAUCACAA